AUGGACCGUGCCGUUUCUGAGCUAGCAGCGAUUGUGCUGGGUGUAGCGUGGUAUACCUACCAUUGCAUUACAAGCAAGUUUGCGCAGCAAGCGACGCUUGUGCGCCUUGUUGACGAUGCACGCGCCAUUGUUUGUGCCGCGUGCCGCCACGGCGAAGAUGCGGUGGCGAGGCUGGAAAGUCUCCCUGCGCAAAUUGCAUGGAAGCAAAGAGAAGCUGUGUUGCGCGAUGCCGAGAUGCUUGUGCGCACCAUGGGGCGUGUGCUGGUAGCCAUUCUGUCCAUAUGCAGCGUGGUCAUCAACAUGCUGUGCUCUUCGUACCGCGCGCUCUUUCUUUGCACACUGCAGCUUGUCAUCCAGAGUAUCUUGUCUGUGCUAGAUGCAGCAACAAAAGCAGUCGCGGAUGGUGUACAAGCGGCCGGACACAUGCUGCAUGCCGUCCUUGGCGCUGCUUUCCACGCGGUCCAAGGCGCCGCCGAUCUCGGCGCGGAUGCUCUGAACGCGGUGUUCGGGUCGCUUGGCGUGCACAUUCCUGCCCAUGCGUGGACAGAGCCACACGCACUGCAGCUGCUCGAUAAUAUCACGGUGCCGCCUAACUUGGUGCACCCCUUUGCUUCGCUGCGCACGGCAUUGCCGUCCGUGGACGAGCUGCGCAGCAGUGCAGAGGAUGCGUUUGACUCGACACUGCGAGGCAUACAGGCGCAGAUAAAUCAGUCUAUGGUGCACUUUGCCAUGCCUGCUAAAGCGAUUCCGCCCGUGAACAGCACCAGCGCCAUGUGCGACGCAGUGCCAUGGGACAUGUUUCGUCGCGCAACGACCGUGAUUCGGCACGCAUCCAUCAUGCACGCCGUCUUGACUGGCGUGCUGAUGCUGGUGCUCCUGCUCGGGAGCAUGGCAAUGGCGUGGCGCUCGAUACGUACCGGCGCAUCCUGGCUCGUACACGUCGUCGUCUUUUUUUUCAUCCUGCAUUGGAUUUUGCUCGAGGUGCACAUCUACGUACUGCACAAAGUAGACGACGUGACAGCAAAGGCGGUGCACCUUGUCAACGAGACCAACGCCGAGCUUGCGCAUGCAGAACAGCAAGUAAAUACAAUGGUGCUUGGUCGUGUACACGAGGCAAUUCCCGGCGCGUUUGCCGUGCUUGACAGCGUGCUUGACUUGCUCACCGACACGGUCCACAACGUCUUUGGCGCCACGCCCAUCGAACAGCCCGCACAGCAAUUCGCCGCUUGCCUCCUGGGCAACAAACUACACGCAGCUGAAAAGUCACUCGAAGUUUUGCAGCGCGCAACGUUCGUGCAACUUCCCCGCAUGGAGGCGCCGGCAGAUUGGCUCGCACUCGACCGCGUGCUGGCGCCUAUUUCACUCGCAUGGCAAGCGCCGUGGGCGACCUUGUCGGGCAUGGUAGCCCGCGAGCUCGCACAGCUGCACAUCGAGCGGCUUGUGCUGUUGGGCACGCUGCUGCUUACCGCUUGA